AAACCUGUUGUCUCGGGAUAUGGGACCAAUGUCCUAGACAGUAUAUAAAAAACCAUUGAUCGGGCCAUAGUCCAUAAGUCGUGUGGUCAGCAACGAGUGAUCUUGUCAACACAUUUCUUUUUUGAAAAAAAAAAUAUUCAACAUGAAAGCCGUAUUCCUAUUAUGCUUGGUCGUGGUGGCCGUCAGUGCUCGCCCCGAGGCCCAGUACACCAACAAAUAUGACAAUGUCAAUUUGGACGAGAUCCUAGUAAACAAAAGACUGCUGGUGCCAUACAUCAAGUGUGCUUUGGACCAGGGCAAGUGCUCACCUGACGGCAGGGAACUUAAAUCUCACAUCAGGGAGGCAUUAGAGAACUACUGCGCCAAGUGCACUCCAGUCCAGCAAGAUGGAACCCGCCGCGUCAUCGCUCACCUCAUCAACCACGAACCCGACUACUGGAGGCAGCUUUCCGUCAAAUACGACCGCGACGGUAAAUUCGCCGUCAAAUACGAAAAAGAACUCAGAACAAUUGCCUAAAUUCCAAAUUCAAAAAGACUGUUUAUUUAAUAGUGAAUGAAUGAAUGGGUCAUGU